AUGGCGCCGCAGCUGAAGGGCUGCAAUUGGGUCUCCUCCUGGCCGCGGCUCCAGCAGAUGCCCCCUUGGCCGCCGCGGCGGAGGGUCCUGCACCUCGCGACGCCGCGACGCCCCUGCGCAGGCGCGGUUCGCGCGGUCGCGAGCGCGGGCCCGGCGCUGGGGCUGGACCUCGGCGCGGGCGCGGUGGGGACCGAGCUCCUGGCGAUGGAGGAGGAGGCUGAGGACGUGGACGAGAGGGAGAGGCUCAGGCGGACGCGGAUCUCGCUGGCGAACAAGGGUAACACGCCAUGGAACAAAGGCAGGAAGCAUAGCCCAGAGACGCUGCAGCGAAUUCGUGAGAGGACCAGGAUCGCAAUGCAGGACCCCAAGGUUAGGAAAAAGUUGAUGAAUCUGGGGCAUGCACAGAGCGAGGAGACAAAAGUAAAGAUAUCAGAGGGGGUGAGGCGAGGUUGGAGUUUGCGUCUACAGAGAUUAAUGGUCCAGGAUGGUUGCUUUGUGGAGUGGAGAGACAUGGUAGCUGAUGCAGCUAGAAAGGGCUUUGCUGGUGGAGUUUCCAUCGAAUGGAAUUCAUAUAAAAUCUUGAGUGAGCAAAUGCGGCAUGAGUGGUUGGAGAAUCUCCAGAAAAGGCGAUCAAUGCCAAGGCCAAGAGGUAAUAGACGAGCACCAAAAACACCUGAGCAGAGGAGAAAAAUUGCAGAAGCUAUUGCUGCGAAGUGGUUGGAUCAAGAAUAUCGUGAACGAGUUUGUAGUGGAAUUGCUAGCUACCAUGGAUCAUCUUCUGUGACUAAAACACCAAGAAAGCCAAGACCUGCUGGAGAACCAGGUGUAAAGAAACAGACUACAAAAAAGAAACCUACGCAAGCCAAACCUGUAAGCUUAGAGGACGCUCAUGGAAAAAGUGCAGCUGUUAAGAGAAAGAAAAGUGCAACUCCCUACAAAGAUCCGAUGGCAGUUGAAAAAUUGGAGAUGAUAUCAAAGAUUCGAGCUCAAAGGACAGCACAGGAAAUAGAAAAGAAAGAAGCUAUUAGAAGGGCCAGGACACUGAUAGCAGAAGCAGAAAAGGCUGCUGAUGCUCUGGAAACUGCUGCAGCGAUGAACCCUUUUGCUCAAGCAUCACUUAUAGAAGCUAGAAAGCUUGUUACAGAGGCAAGAGUGUCACUUGAAUGUGUUGAUGAUGAAGGGCCUCAAGAAACUGCUUCCAAUGAUGCGUCAGGGAGCUCAGCUUUAUUGAACUUGCACGAUCAUGGAUUGGAGACACAGAAUGAAAGUAAUUUGUUGAAGCAAGAGAAUAAACCUAUAAAUGGGAUGGAAUUUCCUCCAAGCAAUGUUAAUGGCCUCGGUUUCCAUUUUGAUGUAUCCGAACUCAGCGGAACAAAACAACUAUAUCAGAGGAUAGAGAAUUCCAUGGAAAGGGCUUUUCUUCUCCCUUCGGCUUCGUCAAAGCUUAAAAGUGCGAAUGGAGAUUUUGGAAUAAUAGAUUUAGAAGUGAGGCAAUCAAUGGCCAAUGACACGGCAAAGCAUAAUGGCAUCGCUGCUGAAUCAACAGAAGCUUGUCCUCCAGGGACACUAGAGCUAGAAGGAGAUCCUCCCAGGUCUGAAGAAAAGGUUGGAACAAGGGAAGAUUGCCCUCGGGGGACACUCAAAGAAGACACACCCUCAUCUGAAGAAAAGGCUAAGAUGAGGUGGGUACGUGGGAGGUUGGUCAAAGUAAAAGACGAUUUUGGGGAUUCAGAAAUCUAG